CCAAAUUUCAAUCUCUUUCCAAAACUCGAUCUUUCUCUCUCUAGGGUUACGUUAUAUAACCAGCAACAACGCCAGGCAUGGACCCUCAGUAUCAGCAACAACAGUGGAUGAUGAUGAAUCAACAACAACAGCAAUCACAACCACCGCAACAGUUUCAGCAACAACCACCGUUACAGCAAAUGUAUAAUUACAACCAGCAAUCACCAGCGGCUGCGACGAUUCCACCUCAGUACACGGCACCGGCUGCAGCACCGAUUGGUGGUGCGACUCCUCAACCAGCUAGCGCCGAUGAGAUCCGUACGCUAUGGAUCGGCGAUCUGCAGUAUUGGAUGGAUGAACAGUAUCUUCUUAGCUGUUUUGCUCAGACUGGCGAGGUGGUUUCUGCAAAAGUCAUACGUAACAAGCAAUCUGGUCAAUCUGAGGGUUAUGGUUUCAUUGAGUUUGCUAACCGUGCUGCUGCAGAAAGGCAUCUACAGGCAUAUAAUGGUACUUUGAUGCCCAAUGUUGAGCAGCUCUUCAGGCUGAAUUGGGCUACUUUUGGCGCUGGUGAAAAAAGACAAGACGAUACGCCUGAUUACACUGUAUUUGUAGGGGAUUUGGCAGCAGAUGUAACAGAUUAUACCUUGCAGGAAACCUUUAGGGCUCAUUAUCCUUCUGUCAAGGGUGCAAAGGUAGUAACUGAUAGGCUCACAGGACGCACAAAAGGUUAUGGUUUUGUUAAAUUUGGUGAUGAGAGUGAACAAGUACGUGCCAUGACUGAAAUGAAUGGAAGAUUAUGCUCAACCAGACCAAUGCGAAUUGGACCAGCUGCUAACAAAAAGAAUGUGGGCGGUCAACAAUAUCCAAAAGCUUCAUACCAGAAUACUCAAGGAACACAGAAUGACGACGAUCCAAAUAAUACAACUAUUUUUGUUGGUGGCUUGGAUCCUAAUGUCACCGAUGAACAUCUUAGGCAGGUGUUUAGCCAAUAUGGACAAUUAGUCCAUGUGAAGAUCCCCCUUGGCAAGCGGUGUGGGUUUGUUCAGUUUGCUGAGAGAAGCUGUGCUGAGGAAGCAUUACGAAUGCUACAAGGAACUCAGUUUGGUGGACAAACUGUGAGACUUUCAUGGGGCCGUAGUCCUUCAAACAAACAGCCGCAGGUAGAUCAAAGCCAAUACAAUGGUGGAUACUAUGGAUAUGGACAGGGAUAUGAAACUUACGGAUAUGCCCCCGUUGCUCAAGAGCCUACUAUGUACUAUGGGGGCUAUGCGGGAUAUGGUGGCUACCCACAGGUCCAGCAGCAGCCACAACCACAGCAGCCACAACAAUAGUGAUAUGCAUGUUUAGAAGUCGAAGCUGAGGCGCAUCGUGUCGUGCAAAUGAAGAAUUCCGAGUUGCGAUUUCUACUAUAUUAUAGUUAUAGUAAAUUACCAUCAUCAUCUACUUUUUAUAUAUAAUAUUUAUUUGAAUUUUCAAUACUUAUGUCUGUCCAUCCUGAGGCUGUUUUUCAAGAGUUUUGGCUACAGACAAAGAGGAGAUUGAUUAAGGUCUCUUCUUUUGCACUUAUGGCCUUUUCAGGAUUCUAACAGAUUUUUUUUAACUGCAUCUUUUUACAGUUGACUGUUUCUUUAUUACAA